UUCAUAAGGACUCCUUUACCGCUACGUUCAGUUGCUCCGCGGCCGCCACGGCGUUCGGUCGCGUCCACGUCUGUCGUUCCCGCGCUCGUGUAUCCACGUGAUUGUGAAACUGAUUUACGAUAAAGAUUGCCCGAUGUGAAAGAAGAUGGACCUUAAAUAUCUAAUCCUAAUGAUUGCCUUCGCGACAAUUGAAAUCAACGUUACAGAGAGCCGGCAAAAUGACAAGCGGCGAUGGAAAUCCGAUAAAAGCGUUUAUUCACAAUACGUCAAUAUUUGCGAUAUUCAAGACCGGGGCUCCAAGGUACAUUGCUAUUGUGAGAGCACGAAGUUAAAGACGGCUACGAAAGCGGAUUGCUGGGUUUUUAAUGGCGGAAUCGCCGAAGAUGACCCAUUUUGGUCGAAUUUUUAUUCCCAACCUAAAAUAGAAAGACUCACGUUUAAUGUGAGAGCUGACGGCGGGCUCACCUACAUACCUGCGAAAGUCAUAAUUCGACUAGAAAAGCUGCAGUAUUUCAACAUACACUAUGCGAACAUAUCAUCUGUACCACCAUUUGCAUUCACUAACUCGUCAACAUUAAGAGAGAUAUCGCUGCCGAAAAACAAAAUAACGAAACUCGAGAGAAUGUCUUUCGCACAUUUGAUACUGUUGGCGAAUGUAAGUUUAAUGGAGAAUCAGAUUUCAGAGUUGGAACGGGACGUAUUCUACAUGCUACCGAACUUGCAGCGGCUAUACUUAUCAAAGAACACCAUAAGCGUUCUUCACGAAGGCUGCUUCAAGCAUCUCAACAAUUUGGUGAAAUUGGAGCUCGACAGUAAUUUGCUGACUGUAGUAAUAAGGGAGAACUUCCAAGGUCUAUCCAACUUGAUUACUCUCGACAUGAGGAACAACAAAUUGACGAUGAUAGGCGACUUGGCAUUUUCCGAACUUUGGGCCCUACAGGAACUUUACCUGGAUGGGAACGAAAUAGAAUUUAUAUCAGAGAGGGGUUUUGGUGGAUUGGCGCAACUGAGGAAACUUUAUUUGGCUGAUAAUAAGUUGGGAACAUUAGACGCCGGCGUUUUGGACGAUUUUCAGAAGUUGACUGUUUUGGAUUUGAGGAAUAACAAUCUGGAAACUCUAAAACAGGAGACUAUGCAAAGUGUCGUGGAAAACAUGAAGUCGAAUUAUGCCUUAAUCUCUCUUGACGGGAACAAGCUAACCUGCGACUGCCGUCUCCUCUGGCUUCACAAGCUCAAGAACGAAACCCGGAGCAAGCGCGUAAAAGCCUCCCUCGAACGUCUCAGCUGCAUCAUGGACCUCAAACUCAAGACGGACCUCGGCAAAAAGAAAAACGACAUACCGAAAAACCCAACGUCAACACAUGACUAUGACAAUGAUGAAUUUGAAGACGAUAAGUACGAUGACACAAUGCAAGAUGACACUGUAGGUAAUAAAGUUGAAUAUAGAAAACGGUUAGUAGAAAUAUCGUCAGAUAUGCUGCCUUGUCAUAAUAAAUUAAGUUAUGAAGCGUCGUAUUCGCCUCCGACGCAAGAUGAAGUGAAAUAUUACUAUUCAGCGUCGAGUAAUGUUGUUGUAGCAAUGACGGUACAUAUAUCAAUCUUUGUUAGUAUAGUAUUAUAAAUAGAGGUAGAUAAUUUGUAAAUAAUUAAUGCGAUUUAAUAUAAAUAGACAUACAGCGGUUGGUUGAUGUUUUUGACGCCGACAAAUGCAUUUCAGAUUUAUAAAGUUUUACUCAAAUUUUAUUUCUAGAUUUCGUUAUUGGGUAUGCUAUAUUGUACAUAGGUAAUAUAUUUUUUUUUUCUACAAAAUAGUAAAUAACAUCACCCAACCGCUAAUUACUGAUUUACUAAAUAUAAGUUAGUAAGCUUCUCGUUAAGUCGGUUUGAAUUUAUAAUAGUAACUUUAAGUUUACAAAUUACUCUAAAAUUUUUAAAUGUAAUUUUAAAUGUAGGCUGAAAAAUUUCAUGUUAAUUUCGAAUUAAAUUAUGUUUGUAUCUAUAAUUUACACAGGGCUACAAUUUUGAAUGUCAAUAUCGUCAUAUUAUUUAAACUGUACAUUGCACAAAUCGUUAACAAGUUUUAAUACCACGGAAUUGAAAGUGGCGGACACCGUUUUAUCACUCUGUCACGUACAGAUAAGAACAAUUAUCAUAUCCGUACUGGAGGCUUUAAAAAUGAAAAUCAUUAUCAUAUCAUAUCAAUAACAAAUAAAGUUGAUGUUGUUAAAACUUGAAUGUUCUUCCUAUGCUUCUAUUUGAAAUUUUGCUCCGCAAAAUGUUUAAAUCUAAGCAUUACGCAAACCAAACUAAUUCCCAAUUAAUCUUGAAUUACCUACAUAGCAUUUAUUAUUAUUACCACUACUUAGUAUUUCAAAAUCUCAGAGAGUUAGACCACCGAGUUAGGGGCAAUUUAUUUAAUUAAUUCGGCUCCGAUUCCACUGUUCUCUAAAGUAUACCAUUAUCUGAAUUCAUGAAUAAAAUUAGAAUUUAUUUUUGUUACCUAGAAUGCUGUAAAUAAGUGGUUGAUGUUGCUGCUUGAACGAUUCAUUCCAAGUAUUUUCAUAAGCUAGAAUAAUGAGCACUAACUUUGAGAUAAAACAUAUUUUUAAAGAGAUGAUUAUCACAAAAACUGAUUGUAUAUUCCAUCACACGAAGGGAAACCUACUUGAACAUCUGAAAAUUAUUUAAUACGCUUACUUACUUUCGUAUUUAUGAUAAUUUAUUAAACAUACAAACGUUAGAAUCAUUUUCGUUUAUUUUUGGUGUUAAGUAUUAAUUUUAUUAAAUAGCUUAUUAUUUCUCAAACAAACUACAAUUUAUUUAAUGGACCCCAAUUUAAACUUUACAAAUUGAUAAUCUUUAAAGUUCACCUACAGUGCAUCUCACUAUUAAUUAACUCAUUCACUGCCAAGAUGAUGCUUGGUAUGUUUAUUUUAUCGUGGCCGCUUGGCAACUAAAGUGUUAUUAAUUUGUUCAAGCGAAAUGCAAUACGGGUGGAGUGCAAAAUGAGAUCUGUGAAGUAGGAACAAGGCCUUCCUGGUCCCUAGUAUAAUUAUCUUUAUUCAAGUUGUAACAUAUCGUAAAUAUAUUCUUAAAGAAGUAAAGAAAUAUCCCAUAGUAUACAAUUUAAAUAUUUAUAUUUUGAUGAUAAGUUGACUUUUACUAUAUUAUGUGGCUUAGAAUAAUUAUAAUUAGGUACAUUGAUUUGUCUACCAAAGAUUAUUUUGUAAUUAUAAUUACUGUUUAGUACUUAUUAGGUAUUUACCAAUCUGGUUCGAUGGUUUCAUGUGAGCACACUUUGUAAAUAUUUGAUAUAACGAAAUUCGCUGUUAUUACUCUAUUUAAGGUGUGGAAACAAUAAAUUGAUACUUUUCCAUUU